CUGCUGGGGGGGCUCUGCGUGGCCGCCUCGCGCCUGCGGCGGGCCAGGACCAGCCUCGUGCUCGGCGCCGGCAUCCUCUUCGUGGCCGCGGGUAUGACCCCCAAAUCCGCCCCAAAAUCCCCGAAAUCUACCCCAAAAACCCCGAAAAUCCAUCCCAAAAUCCAUCCCAAAAUCCAUCCCAAAAUCCAUCCCGGCAUCCUCUUCGUGGCCGCGGGUAUGAACUCCCAAAUCCGCCCCAAAAUCCCCGAAAUCCACCCCAAAAUCCAUCCCAAAAUCCAUCCCGGCAUCCUCUUCAUGGCCGCGGGUAUGAACCCCCAAAUCCGCCCCAAAAUCCCCGAAAUCCACCCCAAAAUCCAUCCCAAAAUCCCCAAAAUCCAUCCCAAAAUCCAUCCCGGCAUCCUCUUCGUGGCCGCGGGUAUGACCCCCAAAUCCGCCCCAAAAUCCCCGAAAUCCACCCCAAAAUCCAUCCCAAAAUCCAUCCCGGCAUCCUCUUCCUGGCCGCGGGUAUGAACCCCAAAUCCGCCCCAAAAUCCAUCCCAAAA